CAGAGGGGCAAUCAUCUUCCUAUACUAUCUUGAACUCAGACUGCGUGAACUUCCACAAUCGGGAGAGGGAGAGGUGCCUUCCUGUGGAAAUAGUUGUCACCAAUCAGAUCUCAAACUUUUAGCAGUUCCCAGGGAAGCCUCACCACCCACCAUCUCCACCCCAGGACGACCUAUCACGCUCCUUCAGGACCUCAAAGCAGGGCGUUUCCGUCUUAAGCUAGCUCUGGACUCUGCUUACCUCCCGCUCAGUGCAGAGGACACACCAACCCCGAAGAGUGUGGCUGAGGCAAGUUCGGCACCUUUGGAUUUGAAGAUGGCCCCUUUCCAGACCAAUAAGGAACUGAUUUCUACAGGGAUAAAGGAGUUUAACGUUCUGCUGAAUCAGCAGGUCUUUGAUGACCCUCUCAUUCCCGAAGAGAGCAUGGUGACUGUGGUGGAUGACUGGGUGAACUUGUACAUCAAUUAUUACAAGAACCAUGUGCUUGGGGAGCAGCAGGAAAAAGACAAGGCACUGCAAGAACUCCAGCAAGAGCUGAGCACUUUGGGCAGUCAGUUUCUGACCAAAUAUAGGACCAUUCUGAAGACCAGAGAGCCCUCAAACAGAGAACUGCCCUCCUCAUAGCCGAAAGGUUGAGGGUAUCGCGUCUAAGAACCCUGAAGUCUUGGCUCUGGAUUGUGUCUCCAGACUAUUCUCUCAUGGCGUUGCUGGACCUUGACAUCUCAAUAAAGACCAAUACGAAUUUGCUGACU